AGACUCGUUCCUGCAACCAGGGAGAGUCAGUUCUUUCUAUUUUAAAGUCCUUUGCGUAAACGGGUAGUGGAUAUACAUCACAUACUUUUCUACGAUGGCGGAUAAAAAAGAUCAGUUUUACACCCGUCCACCGAAGUUAGGCAAGUGGGAAGGUUUCCGACAGUUUUUGUGGAAUUCAGAAACUGGACAAUUUAUGGGAAGAACUGGCUCCAGCUGGGGUAAAAUCCUACUAUUCUAUUUUAUUUUCUACGCUGUGUUGAUAGGAUUUUUCACCGCACUUGUAGCAGUAUUUUAUCAAACUUUAGAUCCUAGGACACCCAAAUGGCAAUUAGACAGUUCGUUAAUCGGAAGUAAUCCAGGUCUUGGAUUUAGGCCUAUGCCCCCAGAGAGUAACGUAGAUAGUACAUUAAUUUGGUACAAAUCUAGUGAUAAGGGCAAUGUACAGUAUUGGCAGAGAGAAUUAAACGCAUUCCUUACAUCAUACAAAAAAGAAAAUAAUCCUCACUACAAUAACGUAGAACAAUGCAACACAUUCCAAAGACCAAGCGAAGGAAAAGUAUGUGAUGUAAAUAUGAACCAGCAGUGGAGUCCAUGUCUUCAAGAAAUGAGUUAUGGCUUCGAGAAUGACAAGAGUGGACCAUGUAUUUUCCUAAAAUUAAAUAAGAUUUAUGGAUGGGUACCAGAAUACUACAAUACAUCAACGCUGCCUCAAAGUGAUGAGGCUAUGCCAGCUUACUUGAAAAAGGUUAUCGUUGAUGCUGAAAAACAACAAAAGCACCACAUGGUGUGGGUAACAUGCGAAGGGGAAAAUCCAGCUGACAAAGAAAACAUCGGUUCAAUCAGAUUUAUUCCUGCCAGAGGCUUUCCAUCACAAUAUUUUCCUUUCAAAAAUGAAUAUGGAUAUUUGAGUCCUUUAGUUGCCGUUUAUUUUGAGGAACCAAGACGUGGAGUAUUGAUCAAUAUUGAGUGCAAAGCCUGGGCUAAGAACGUUCACCACGACCGUGUGGAUCGCAGAGGAUCAGUCCACUUCGAAUUAAUGGUAGACUAAGAAGCGCAUUAUUCUGUAGGCUCCAACGAUUUUUAGGGUCGGAUGGAGGCUUUCAACAACUGCCAUCAAAAAUUAAAAUAAAAACCGUGGGGCUCAUAUAUUUCUUAAUUAGAUUAUUAUUGAGGGACGGUCUAGCUAGCAUAUUAAUUAGUUAAUACACAAACCCUAGCCAGUUCUAGUAGUUAUUUUUAUAAACAAAAAAAUAUUUUUGUGAAGAAAUAUUUCAUUGUUUAAUCGUACUUACCUACGUGUUAAAGUGAUUGAGGAUAACUUAAUUUCGUCUGUAUAAUUAGAAAUAAUUUAAAUUAGGAAGCUUUUGUAUUAUUUGGCCAGCCUCGUGAGGUGAUUUCAGCUUAGAACCGCCAUUUUUUCCAACUUACAACAAUUUUGGAAAUAAUGUUUGUUCAACUUUAGGCGUCGAUUUGUUAAGCAUAAACACAAUAAUUAUAUGUAAAUUAAGUCCGAUGCUAUACAAUAAAAUAUACUUGUUAUUAUUGUAAUGUAUGAAAAAUAAUCGUAUGUAUGUUACAUACAAUAUUUCGUGUUGUGAUAGGAACGAAUGAGAUAAAAGUUAUUUAUUUAUGAGUUAUGUACAUAAUGUUUCGUUGUAAAAUAGAUACUUUUGCAGGUUGAUUUUACUUUUAUAGGCAUUAAAAGCAGUAUUUAGGUAUUUAUUGCAUACAAGUUGCAACUUAAAUGUUAAGCACUGUUACCUUUAUGCUAGUUCUAUUCCAAAACGAUGAUUAUGCAAAAUAUUGUUAUAAAUAGUAAUUAAUUAAGUGUUAAUUGUACUUUAGAGUUUAGAUAAAUAUAGAAACUAAAAAUAAUAAUAAUUAUAUUCAGAUUUAUAAGAUUAAAAAGUAAAUUCAAUCUUAUUUAAAGUAGGACUGAUUUCUUUUGGGUGCAUUUUGCAUAUCACACCGAAUACCUUUACCUUUUAAAUCGAAAAACUUUACAUAAUGUUAACAUUACCUAAACUUAAUUUUAAAACCAACGCACAAUAUCACACACAUUUAUUUGUACCUUUGUUACUUUCUCAUCCAGAUGUCUUAAGAUUAUAAAUUUGCCGUUUGUUUGGUUCAGGAAAUAUGAUUCUUUUAGAUUAUAUUUAUUGUAUUAAGUCAACGAAAGCUUUUUGGCUAAAAUUUUCUUUCUCUAACAUCACAGCACAUCUGGGACCAUAAUUUACUAUUUAAGACUACAUUUUUUCAUUACAUUUUAUUUAUCAGGGUAAUGUUAACACUAUCUUUAACUUAAAUUAUAACUGACUUAAAAUAACUAAAAGUUUGCUCAAGGUACCAAAAACACUCAAAACCAUUUUCAUUUACAAUAAAUUGGCAAUAAAAAAUGGAUCAGUUAUAAAUUAGGUUUUAGAUAAGUUAAAAUUUAAAAAGGCAACAGGGCCAGUCACUAUUAAUAAAAUCCAUAAACCACGUCAUUACCAAUAUAAAAUAUUUUAAUGCGAAAAAAUACAUAAUAAUAUUUAACUAAAAAUAUAUUGUAUAAUUAAAACCACAAAUUAAGCCAUCACCUAAGUAUAUUUUUUUCGAUUAAAAUAUUUAAAUUUGUAAAGUACAUGUUAAUAUUGCCAUAAGCAGCAUUAUUUCAUUUUGCUAAAGUUCGCAUUGUGAUAGGCAAUUAAUCUUUAAAUAAAAAAGAUUUAAUUUCUUAAACGAUGGGUCUAUUUUAAUCUUUAAAAAAUUAUUACAUUAUUGUCAUUUAAUUAUAAAAAUGUGCAUAAUCAUGUGCACCAGGUAUAACUUUAUUCUGCUUUAAUGUAAUUUUUUUAAAAAAAUAAAUAUUAAUAGCGGUUCUAACACAA